CUUCAGAGCAGGCGGGAUCCUUCUUCAGUACAUGUUUAUAGCGUUUCGAUAGGAUUUUAUUUUUGGUUUAAAACAAAUUGUGGUGUUUAGGAUGUUGUUUCGUUAUGUUGUCGAUCGAGGAGUGGGUAAAAGAAGAAGCAACGAUAAGCAUGUGGAUUACCCGUUGUCCUCCCUGUUGGAGUGUUUCCAGUGCACCCGGCAUGAUGAACACGUGUCGUACGGAGACUCGGGUGUCGCAGUUCCUCCGUUCGGAUGCACGUUCUCCACAGCUCCUGGACAAGGCAGCACCCUGGCUGUAGCGAAUGAGGAAGGGAUUGUGAGUCUUUACAACACUGAGACACGCAGCACUGUACUGAAACAAUGGCUGGCGCACGAUAACGCUGUGUUUGAUAUCGCCUGGGUCCCAGGAGCGAACAGCCUGGUGACGGCGUCGGGGGAUCAGACGGCCCGGCUGUGGGACGUGAUCUCCGGGGAGCUCCUGGGAAACUUUAAAGGGCAUCAGUGCAGCCUGAAGAGUGUGGCCUUUCCCAAGCGAGAGAAAGCUGUUUUCUGCACUGGAGGUAGGGACGGGAACAUCAUGCUGUGGGACAUGAGGUGUAGUAAGAAAGACGGCUUCUACAGGCAGGUGAAACAGAUCAGUGGAGCUCACAUGAAGGUGGAAAGAAAUACACCGCAAACGAAGAAAAAACGAGCGACGUCCAAAGGCAUGGCUCCUUCUGUGGACUCUCAGAGAGGUGUGACGGCUGUUAUUUUCCGCGACGAGAACACGCUCAUCUCGUCAGGAGCUGUAGACGGGAUGAUUAAGAUGUGGGAUCUGAGGAAAAGUUACACGGCGUACCAGCAGAACCUCAAUCCACUCCAGAGCUAUCAGUACCCAGGAUCGUCCACACGCAAACUAGGUUAUUCAGGCCUGACGUUAGACUCGACGAGCUCCAGGCUGUUCUGCAAUUGCACAGAUGACAACAUUUACAUGUUCGAUGUCAGUGGAUUAAAAACGACACCAGUGUCCGUGUUCAGUGGACACCGUAACUCCUCGUUCUACGUGAAGUCCAGCGUGAGUCCAGACGAUCAGUUCCUGGCCAGUGGGUCAAGUGAUGGCCAUGCUUAUAUCUGGAAGAUCUGUGACCCGGCUCGAGCUCCCGUGAUGCUUCAAGGUCACAGUCAGGAAGUGACGUCAGUCACCUGGAGCCCAUUUGAUUUUACGAAGAUCGCGACCUGCUCCGAUGACGACACGGUACGGAUCUGGAGGCUCAGCCGCAGCGAAGACGGAGAAUCAAAAGCAGGAGAUUUAAACCUCGUAGGCCGGGCACGCCGCAAAAUCCAGACGCCGCCCCGACCCUCGGGCUCCUCCCCUCAUUCUGAUCUAACCCCUGUACGGAGCGGCAGGUCAGGCAGCAUCGACUCUCUGUUGUCCCCUCGGCCUGGCUCGUGCGCCCCCAGCGGUGCAGACUUUCCUUCUCCAUCUGUCACCUCCUCACCUGCUGAUACACCCUGUCCAUCCCAGACCAAAUCUCCCCUUACCAUCCCCGUCAUUAACACGCUGACCUCCGAGAGGCGAGCCAAACGCCGCCUGGACACGAGCGAGACGACUACGGCGGUGGCGGGGGAAGACGAGAGCGACGGGGUGUCUGAGCUCUAUCCGGACUGUAAGAGGAGUCGGGAGUCUGCGAGCACUUUCAGCACAUCAGCAGAGAAGGAAGAGAGGGUGGGUUCAUCUGCGCAGGCCGAUAAGGAGAACAGCUCGCCAGUGAAGGCCGACUGGCUUUCUGCAAUGAGCCGGAAAUUUAAACAAUCUCAGAGCGGAGCCGGGUUACCUAAAAGCCCUAACGGAGUGAAAAGACAAGACUCGAGGACACCGUCCUUCUCUGCGCUGAGCUCUCCCCAGUCUCUGAAGAAGGCCUCCUCUCCACAGACAAAGCGCACGUCCUCUCCAGCCUCUACCAAAAAGAUUUCUGCAUAUUUUCAGAAACCACCACAAGACUGAUCCUCGUGCAUGUUUCGCUUCCUUGGGGAACAAUCUGACCAGGACUCUAUUUUUUUUUACUUCCAUGAACAUUGGAAGCAGAAAAGUCAAAGUUACACUAAGUAUUUUUUAAAGAAAUAUCCAGCACAGUGUUGUACUGUGAGUUUUACCCUCCGUCUUUGUCUUUUAUCAAGGCAAAAUAUAAAGGGAAUGGUUUUAUGCAAAUAGACAAAUUAUAUUUGAGAAUUAUAUGUAAAUGUACAGUCAUGCAUCUAACUUUGCCAUUUCUAAACUGAGUGUUUAAAGCGUGUAAAGUGUGUUAUCACCUGUAUUCAGAGCGCAUGCUUUUUGUAUUAUGGGGUUUUUAUUUGUUGUGUCUUUCUCUUCUUCUUUUAACUAUUGGAUACUGUGUUGGUUUGAAGUGGUGAUUAAAUGCAGGCACUCUGGUUGGUAAAGUCUCAA